AUGUACAGCCACUCCUACUACUGCUGCUACCCCAGCAUCGCCAAUGACUCGCAAGCCGUCUCGCUUCGGGCCACACUCAACGGCGAUCCGCCUGUACCUGGCUUUCUCGGUGUCGGUCUGUUGUCUCCAAAUCCACGGUGCGAGCGCGCGAGAGUCUUGCCGAGUGGGCCACGACACCCGUCCCUAGAUCGACAUUACAGCAGCCUCACCCACCUGCACGGCGUAGGUACUUACGCACGCUCAUUGACGGAGCGGUACUCUGUGACAGCAUGCUACCAUGUGUCAAGCCAUCAAGGGCUUCCUCCGGGGCUUGCUGUGAAUUAUCUACGCCGCCCAGCGCCCCAGCAAAAGCCGGCUUGGACGAAACGGAGCCAAAGACGUCGAGCCGUUCGGCGCGGGUCAAGAUGGCUUCAUGCAAGCAAAGCCAGAGGCGUUAGGGGGGAUCCGGGAUGCGCAACAAUCGAGAUGGGCUCCAUCGGCCGCUCAACGGCUGCUGUGAGGCCAUUCCGAUUGGCCUCAGCCGCCGCUUUAGCACGGCCACCGACGUCUCCUCCCCAGCUGACAGCACCCAAGGCACGCCAGCUUCUUCAAUGCAUCUCAUCCUUUCCCAUGGCUGCGCUCCUUCGCUACAUCUGGUCCUUGGCCCCAACCCACGCAGCCCUCAUUGGACAGAACCGCCCCAGAACCUAA